GGUAUUGAAGCUGUCGAACAUCGAGAACAUAAGCAACUCAACUCCACGAGACUCUCAUCAACGACAGACCACACCACUUGCUCAACAUUGCCUACGCAACGCCACAAGAUGCUCUUCUCAGGGUUUGUCGCCGUCCUGAUGGCGACGGUCGUCUCCGCCCACAGCAUCAUUAGCUACCCCGGAUGGCGAGGCAACAACCUGAUCACCAACGAGACCUUCCCCUACGGCAUGCAAUGGGUCUAUCCUUGCGGUGGUAUUGGCACCACGACCAACAGGACAUACUGGCCGACGACAGGUGGCGCCGUUGCUUUCCAACCAGGCUGGUUCCGCGGCCACGAGACAGCAUUCGUCCACAUCAACCUUGGCUUCGGCACCGACGGUCCUGACAAUGGCCCCGUCGACAUGUCCAACCCUAUGCUCCCGGCGAUUCAGCUCCUCGGCCCAACCAACGGUCCCUACCCGGGCACCGUCUGCUUCCCGCAGGUGCCCCUGCCCAAGAACGCAAACGUCAAGGCCGGCGACAAGGCGACGAUCCAGGUCGUGGAGCUCGCCGUGCACGGCGCGGCUCUGUACUCGUGCGUCGACAUUGAGUUCGCUGAACCCGGAGACGAGAAGAUUGAGCAGGUGACCGAGGACAACUGCUUCAACUCGACAGAGCUGGGCUUUGCUGAGUUGUACACCAUUGCGACGGUGAACCCCAGGACUGGCAAGCGGUUUGACGAGGACAACGCUGCUGCCGGUCGAUCAGCAGCACUGGGGUCACUUCCUUUGCUUAUGCUUUUGGGCUGGGCAUUGCUUUGAGCCUAUAUAAUGGGUUUUGGAAUUCGGGUCUUUGGCGUUGAGGAACUGUUUCGGGGAGUUCAGGAUAUAUGGACUAUCUAUAUUACCAAUGGGUAUUUACGUGAGA